GCGCUGUUGUGGCUAGAGAAACACUAUCGGCGAUUCAAGGCGCGGGUUAGCGGAUUAUCGGUAAUCGAAACACACGAUCCUCAUCACUGUGUCUGCGCGCACGCCUGCGCGCGCGCUCUGCUGUGCUGCGCCUACGUGCGCCAGUGUGAUACGGAAGUGGUCAUCAAUCCAGACAAAUCCGACGAGGAAGGUGACGAUGAUCUCGACAUAUGGUUGGAAAACAUGCUGGAGGAGCCAUCGAGCCCGAUAUAUCGACCAUCUUGCAAAAGAGACUGGCCAAAAGGGUGUGGUCCACAAUCUAAGCUAAAGCGUAAGAAGCGCAAGACCAAACGAGCCCGAAGGAAACGCAAGGCGAAGGCAAAGGAAUCAUGUUGUUGGUGCAAACCUUAUACAAGGAAGAGACGAGCAUGGCGCUCGGAGGCUAAAAGGCAUGAAGAUUUCAGUCCCGGUGAAGACGAUUUAACUGAUGAGACCUCGAAAACCGAAUCGGACAGAUCAAUUAAUGAGGAAAGCGAACAAGAAUUCACUGAAGAACACCCCUUUCCAAAUGAAGGCCUCCACGUAUAUCGCGAGAUGGGUGAGUGGGACCCGUCAUGUGUAGACAGGGACGAGUAUGCCUUGCCACUCUGGAAUGAGCAUGUCGAAACUAUCCGUUUGGGUACAGUUUUUCGUACCAAGGAAGAAGCUCAGACUGGUGUUAUGGCAUGGAAUGUUGAGAAUCUUAGGGCGGUCCGAACAAAAGAUUCCAACAAGAAGUCGUUCAAAGUUGUGUGCAGAUCGGCUGAAGGUGUACCAUGUAUGUGGAAGGCUCGGGUGAGUCUUAAUCCACGGGUGCACGACAUGUGGGAGGUAACCGAAUGGACCGACAAGCACACUUGCAUGCAGGUAGUCGAGAGAAAUGACCACAAGAAUGUGACGGCCACCAUGAUCUCAAAUCUUCUGUUGCCUAAGAUUCAGAAGCAGGUGACCUACAGUGUGGAAAUGGUCCAGGCCGACGUAAAAAGUGCCUGGAGCGUCGAUGUGAGCUACAAGAAGGCGUGGCACGGGAGAAAAAAAGCCAUCGAUCGUCUGUAUGGCACGUGGGAAUCGAACUUCGCACAACUCCCCCAGUUUUUUGCUGCCCUUCAAAGGGCGAAUCCCGACACAGUCGUUGAGUGGGAAUGGCAGGAUGGGAAAAUGGCUCGUUGUUCUCGAGACAGAGAAUUUAAAUUUGUCUUCUGGGCGUUCGGGCCCGCCAUUCGAACCUUCCAUCUUUGCCCGCCGAUUAUUAGCAUUGACGGCACGCACCUGCGAG